AGCGACAAAUAUCGAUGAGUCCGGCACACAGCUGCAUCCUUAAAUUUCAAGACAAAAUCAAUUUUGAAGCUCGUCUACUAUUUAAUAAUCUCUCUCUUCACUCUCACUUGUCUAGUGAGCAGGUUUUUUGCUUCAUGUCGCCUUCUUCAUAAAUAGAUCAAGAAGUGAUAUUAAUCAGCAUGGGUAGUAGAGAGAAUCUCCAAGUGCUCGACGCACUUGAUACCGCCAAGACACAGCUUUACCAUUUCACGACCAUAGUGAUCGCCGGAAUGGGAUUCUUCACCGACGCUUACGAUCUCUUCAGCAUCUCCCUCAUCACCAAGCUACUCGGCCGCAUUUACUACACCACCAAUCUCAACGCCCCAAAGCCCGGCACCUUGCCGCCCAAGAUCUCCUCCGCCGUCACCGGCGUCGCCCUCGUCGGCACCCUCGCCGGCCAGCUCUUCUUCGGCUGGCUCGGCGACAAGAUGGGCCGCAAGAAAGUCUACGGCCUCACCUUAAUCCUCAUGAUCGUCUGCUCCCUCGCCUCCGGCCUCUCCUUCGGCAAGUCCCCCAAGGGCGUCAUGGCCACCCUCUGCUUCUUCCGCUUCUGGCUCGGCUUCGGCAUCGGCGGCGACUACCCCCUCUCCGCCACCAUCAUGUCCGAGUACGCCAACAAGAAGACCCGCGGCGCCUUCAUCGCCGCCGUGUUUGCCAUGCAGGGCUUCGGCAUCCUCACCAGCGGCAUCGUGGCCCUCGCCGUGUCCGCCGCGUUCGACCACGCGUACAGCGCGCCGAGCUACGCGGCGGACCCGGCGAGGUCCACGGUGGACCAGGCCGACUACAUCUGGCGCAUCAUCGUCAUGUUCGGCGCCCUCCCCGCCGCCUUGACCUUCUACUGGCGGAUGAAGAUGCCGGAGACCGCCCGCUACACGGCCCUCGUCGCGAGGAACGCGAAGCAGGCGGCGCGGGACAUGGCCCGGGUGCUGAACGUGGAGCUCGCGGCGGAGGAGGAGAAGGUGGAGCGAUACGCCGACAAGACUUCCAACAGCUUCGGCCUGUUUUCGAAGGAGUUCCUCCGCCGCCACGGGAUGCAUCUCCUCGGCACCACCUCCACGUGGUUCCUCCUCGACAUCGCCUUCUACAGCAACAACCUCUUCCAGAAGGACAUCUUCACCGCCGUGGGGUGGAUCCCGAAGCCGGAGACGAUGAACGCCGUGCACGAGGUGUUCCGCGUGGCCAGGGCGCAGACGCUCGUCGCCCUCUUCGCCACCGUGCCUGGCUACUGGUUCACCGUGGUUUUCAUCGACAUCAUCGGAAGGUUCGCCAUCCAAAUCAUGGGGUUUUUCUUCAUGACCGUGUUCAUGUUUGCGCUCGCGAUCCCCUACGAUCACUGGACCCACAAGGAGAACCGGAUCGGGUUCGUGGUGAUGUACUCGCUCACGUUCUUCUUCGCGAAUUUCGGGCCGAACGCGACGACGUUCGUGGUGCCGGCGGAGAUAUUUCCGGCGAGGCUGAGGUCGACGUGCCACGGGAUAUCGGCGGCGGCCGGGAAGGCGGGGGCGAUCAUCGGAGCGUUUGGUUUCUUGUAUGCGGCGCAGCCCAAGGAAGAGAGCAAGAGGGAUAAGGGAUACCCUGCGGGUAUAGGGAUCAAGAACUCGUUGAUCGUGCUCGGCUGCGUCAACUUUUUAGGGCUGCUUUUCACGUUCUUGGUGCCUGAAGCUAAGGGGAAAUCGCUCGAGGAGAUGUCCGGCGAGAACGAAGCCGACGAUUACGAGCAGACGGCGGAAGGCGAUGCCUCUAAGGGGACGCCACCGCCGCCGGCCUAGCUAGUGUGAUAUUGAAGAAGCUGUGUUUGGAUAAUUUUAUUUAUCUGCAGUAUUAUUUCUUUAUAAUGUGAACCAACUGAUGUUUGUAUA